UGCUCGUCAGUACCAUUUUGUUUAUGAGCAAAAGAACAUGGAAGAAGCUCGGAGUUAUUGCAGAGAGAAAUACACAGACCUGGCCACUAUAGACAGCAUGGAGGAGAUUAACGUCUUGAAUGCUAUGGUGGAUUUAAACCAAAUGGUCAACUCAAGCUAUCUAGCAUGGAUAGGGCUGUAUGACGAUGUGAACAGAUGGAGGUGGUCGCUGUCAGACAGAAGUUUGGGGGAGUACAGAAAUUGGGCCCCUAAAGAACCAAACAAUAAAAACAGUGGAGAAAACUGUGGACGGAUGUAUAAUAAUGGAAUGUGGAAUGAUGACAGCUGUGAAGAAAAUUUUACGGCAGUCUGCAUUGAUGUCAGAGGGUCGAGUGAGACAUAUGUCCUCAUUAAGAAAUCCAUGACAUGGACUGAAGCCCAGAGCUACUGCAGAGCAAACCACACAGACCUGACCAGUGUGAGAAACCUUCAGGAAAACGAGAAAGUAAAGAAUCUGGUACCUUCCAAUGAACGAGUCUGGAUCGGCCUUUUCAGAGACUCUUGGAAGUGGUUGGAUGGAAGUAACUCCUCAUUUAGGAACUGGCGUAAAAAUGAACCUAAUAACAGAGGUCACAAAGAGGAAUGUGUGGCAGCAAAUUUUGAGAAAUCUGGAAAAUGGGAGGACUGGACCUGUGAUUACAGUAGAGCAUUUAUUUGCUACAGUGUCGUGGCUGUUUCAAAGAAAGUGGUGAGAGUGAAGCUGGUGAAAAGAAGCUCCUCUCUGGAUCUGAAUCACCCUGCUGUGAUGGAAGACAUCUUGAAGCAGCUCAAACAGAGGCUGAAGAACAAGGGAGUGAAUGAAGAAAUCAAACUGAGCUGGAUGAAGCAGUCGGACGGAAAGAGCUUCCACAGCAAAAAGGAGACAAAGAAGAACACCAUUUCAACAAGAGAUGAUCUUCAACCUAGCGAGGGUAUAGAGCUGGUCCACAGUUCCACGCCCAGGAUGAAAAUCACAUUGCUCCUCCUCGAUCUGAGGUUCGACUACCGACCGAACCCUCUUUUCCAGUACCCUGGCAUAGACCUUACCAGGGAGGCUGAGGAGUGCACCGACAACUGUCAGAACCCGAUCCCCGACCCGAAGGCGCAGGGACGCAACCCUUUCGUCCACUGGGGUGAACCCCAACACACAGGCAGAGAGCUUGGGGGCCACCAAAAAGCCCACCCCGCCCCUCUCACCCGGAGCAACUCAAGCAAAGAGGAAAGACCAGCCCCUCUCGAGGACUUGGGUUCCGGAUCCGACGCUAUGUGUCGAGGUGGUGAGCCCACUGGGAGACAAACCCAUGUAGCCGAUUCGGGCUGGGCCCGGCCGGGCCCCAUGGGCCAAGGCCCGGCCACCAGGCGCUCGCCCACGCGCCCCAACCCCAGGCCUAGCUCUAGGGCGGGGCCCCGACUCUACCAGGGGCAAAAUGCCCCCGACAACAUAGUUCCUAGGGUCAUUAGGGCUCUCAAACUCCUCCACCACGCACUGUGUGUGGUGUCAUCACAUGCUCGUCAGUACCAUUUUGUUUAUGAGCAAAAGAACAUGAAAGAAGCUCGGAGCUACUGCAGAGAGAAAUACACAGACCUGGCCACUAUAGACAGCAUGGAGGAGAUUAACGUCUUGAAUGCUAUGGUGGAUUUAAACCAAAUGGUCAAGUCAAGAUAUCUAGCAUGGAUAGGGCUGUAUGACGAUGUGAACAGAUGGAGGUGGUCGCUGUCAGACAGAAGUUUGGGGGAGUACAGAAAUUGGGCCCCUAAAGAACCAAACAAUAAAAACAUUGAAGAAAAAUGUGGACAGAUGUAUAAUAAUGGAAAGUGGAAUGAUGCCAGCUGUGAAGAAAAUUUAAUGGCAAUCUGCAUUGAUGUCAGAGGGUCGAGUGAGACAUAUGUCCUCAUUAAGAAAUCCAUGACAUGGACUGAAGCCCAGAGCUACUGCAGAGCAAACCACACAGACCUGACCAGUGUGAGAAACCUUCAGGAAAACCAGAAAGUAAUGAAUCUGGUACCUUCCAAUGAACGAGUCUGGAUCGGCCUUUUCGGAGACUCUUGGAAGUGGUUGGAUGGAAGUAACUCCUCAUUUAGGAACUGGCAUGAAAAUGAACCUGAUAACAGAUAUCACAAAGAGGAAUGUGUGGCAGCAAAUUUUAAGAACUCUGGAAAAUGGGAGGACUGGACCUGUGAUCACAGGAGAGCAUUUAUUUGCUACAGUGUCGUGGCUGUUUCAAAGAAAGUGGUGAGAGUGAAGCUGGUGAAAAGAAGCUCCUCUCUGGAUCUGAAUCACCCUGCUGUGAUGGAAGACAUCUUGAAGCAGCUCAAACAGAGGCUGAAGAACAAGGGAGUGAAUGAAGAAAUCAAACUGAGCUGGAUGAAGCAGUCGGACGGAAAGAGCUUCCACAGCAAAAAGGAGACAAAGAAGAACACCAUUUCAACAAGAGAUGAUCUUUAAUGUCUGAAUUUUGUGAUAAAUUUUCUUUUUCUUUGUCAAAAUAAAUAACUAGUGUGCAUGAGAUAAAAAAUAUGACAUUUUGGGACUUUAGGGGCUCCAUAGAUUACAUAAGUGAGGCUGUACAAAGGUGCAGCAGUGCUUUGAGCUAAAUGGUAAUAUCAACAUGGUAACAUGCUUGCAAUGGAAAUGCUAAAAUGCAAUUUACAUGUUAAUCUGUCACAAUUAAUAGUAUGUAUAAUAUUGUUAGAUUGCAACAUAGGGGUUUGUUCAAUGAGUCAGUUUACUGAAAACUAAAACUUUUCUUUUUAAAUGUGAUUUUUACUUAAGUAGAAUUCAGAAUGUAGAACAUUUACAUUUAAUGGGGUAUUUUUAUGUUGUGAUAUUUCUACUUUUACUUAAUAAAAGAUCUGAAUACUUUUCCCACCCUGGCUCUUAAUCUGUCUC